AGAGAGCAACAGGUCUAAUCCUGUCUGUGCACGACUGCCUAUGGAUAACAAGGGCCUGAAACACUUAUCAUUUUAUUUGAUGCAUUGUUUCUAAAUUUCUGUAAAGUGGAGCAAUGAUAUUUCGGACAGCAGUAGAGCAUGCUAAGAAGCACCCUGGCCUCAUCCCCCAGUUCUUCUUCAUCUGUUUGGGAAUGGGCGGUGCAUCUAUGUAUCUGAUCCGGUUGGCCAAAGGACCCCAUGUCACCUGGAACAAGACCAAUAACCCUGAACCAUGGAAUAAACUUGACCCCACGUAUCAGUACAAGUUUGUGGCCAUUACCACCGACUACAAAAACCUGAAGAAAGAUGGACCUGAGUUUUGAUUCUCUCACUGGCCUCCUCCUCUUUCAAACCAGAGUGAAAAAAAAAAAAAACAGAAAAUCCUGAUCCAGGGUCAGAUUCACUCCCCCCUUGGUGUCUCACCGGUAAAUGUGACCAGGAAUUGUCAGUAAAAUAUCCUGAAGGAUAUUAUGUAGUAUUUCUACAUAAUUACACUUAUGCAGGAGAGAUAUGACACUCAUAUGCACAUACUCCCCACUGUACCAGACAAGUGGUAUUGCAUUUCUUAGCCAAUUUAAUACAAUUAAGGGAUACACAGAUAACUGUUUUUUUAACCAUGCUGCUGUGUUUUAGAAAUGUCAGUGUAUUAUUUUGAAUGUUUCAGGCAUCUAUUGGUUUCCAUUCACCUCUGUAAGAUAUGAAAAUGAAUUAUCUGUCUCCUAAAAGCUGCAGUGGAUUAUGCAAAUAAGCUUCAAAAGUCUGCUAAUUGUUUGGAGACUGCACCGCAAUAAAUUGAGAAAAACAGCUGCCUGGAACAGAGGGGGAAAAUACAUCUGAAAAAUGCAUGCAUCCAAAUGCAUGUGUGUUUUUUUUAUCAACUGGCACAUGAUUGUUGGUUUAGCAGCCACUAAAUUCAACAAUUACUGUGUAAGUUAUGAUACAAAAAGGCAGAGAUGCAUAAACUGGACUGGAUUCUUUCAAUAAACAAACUGUCAGUUUCAUGUUGGGAUGAGAGUCUUUGUAGCCAACCUGCACAGUGACUGUCCUCCACCACCUGCAUGGAACUGAGUCAGAUACAGAUCUUUUUUCCACAUCCUAAGAUUAAAAAUACACAAUCAGUAACUCUGAUGGAACAGAUCCAUCUGCUGGCAGUGCAGCUGCCACUUUUCAGUCUGAUUGGUGCUUCUAUGACCACAUUUAGUAGUGUGUGUGCGUGUGUGUAUGUUUGUCUUAAUGCACCAGUGCGUGUGAGACAGCAGCCAUGUGCCUUUGAUCAGCAACAGCAGUGGCAGGAUGCUGAGCAGUCUCUCAGCAUGGCGUUGAUGUAUGACAGCAGAGCGCAGUGUGUACAACCUGAGUGCACACACGCAAGCGUGCACACACACACGCACGCACGCACGCACACACACACACACACACACACACACACACACACACACCAUAUGAACUCUUUUUCUUGUUGACUUUUAACAUCUAAAUCCACAUCCAUUUUUGCAAAGAGAUGCCGAUGAAGAGGAGAAAAGUGGUUGACAAUUUAUUGUUUAAGUCACAAACACUGUUUUCUAGGAGGAUGUGGGCUUCAUACUCAACUUUGCAUCCUUCAUUCUUGCUUUAUUCUUUAAAGGGUGACUCUCUAAGCAGUGAACAAAGU